AAUUUAGUGGCUUUUGUUUAUCGUCACAGAGUGAGUGACUGGGAGCCACCCGAAGGCCUCCUCCUUCGACCUUCCUUCUCUUUUGCUCUGCUCUGAGCCUCUCUCUCUCUCUCUCAGCGACAAUGUCACCCACCUCGCUCUCUUCAUUACAUUCCUCUGCUGUCACCUCAUCUCCCUCCUUGUCUUUACUCUCUCCCACCUCUUCUGCCUUGUCUUCUUCCCACCAUCCAUGUCUUUCUCUCCCACGGCUCUCCCUCAAGGCUCAACCUCUACGUUCGCCCAGCCUCUUCCGCGUUACCCAUUUCAGAAUAAAUCCAAAAUCCAAGAAGGGUCUAAAAGUGAAUUGUUCGAUAAACGAACCAUUGAAGGUCAUGAUAUUAGGUGCGCCUGCAUCGGGCAAGGGAACUCAAUGUGAAUUGAUUGUCCAGAAGUUUGGAUUGGUUCACAUAUCGACUGGGGAUCUGUUAAGGGCUGAAGUAGCAGCUGGAUCAGAAAUUGGAAACAAAGCAAAGGAGUACAUGAAUGCUGGUCGCUUGGUUCCAGAUGAAAUCGUGACUGCUAUGGUGACAGCACGAUUAUCUCGUGAAGAUGCAAAACAAAAAGGGUGGCUUCUUGAUGGGUACCCUCGGAGUUUUGCCCAAGCAGAGGCUCUGGAACAAAAGAAGAUUAGGCCAGAUAUAUAUAUUGUAUUAGAUGUUCCUGAUGAAAUUCUGAUCGACAGAUGUGUUGGGAGAAGGCUAGAUCCAGUGACAGGAAAGAUUUAUCAUAUAACAAAUUUCCCACCAGAAACGGAAGAAAUCAAAUCAAGGCUAAUCACUCGUCCUGAUGACACACAAGAAAAAGUUAAGUCGCGACUAGAAAUAUAUAAGCAAAAUGCAGAGGCUGUUUCUUCCUCCUACUCAAGCAUAACAAAUAAGGUAGAUGGAAAUCGCUCAAAAGAGGUAGUUUUUAAAGAAAUUGACUCUCUGUUAUCUCAAGUGCAAAAUGACAAGGUGAAAACAACAAAACCAGAAAAGCCCAUACUUGAUAUAAAGAAGGGGAAGGAAUCGUUAAGCCAGGAUAAAUGGAGAGGAAUUCCUACUAGACUGAAUAACAUUCCCCAUUCCAGAGAGAUCAGGAAAUAUUUCUAUGAUGAUGUACUGCAAGCUACAGAGAAGGCUGUAAAAGAUGGAAAAUCUCGGUUGAAGGUGGACAUCAACAUUCCUGAGCUGAACCCAGAAAUGGAUGUUUAUCGAAUUGGUACUUUGAUGGAACUUGUUCGAACUCUUGCCCUUUCAUUUGCUGAUGAUGGGAAACGUGUUAAGGUUUGUGUACAAGGAUCAAUGGGAGAAGGUGCUCUUGCUGGAAUGCCACUGCAGCUUGCUGGAACCCGCAAGAUCUUAGAGUUUAUGGACUGGGGCGAUUAUGGUGCAAAAGGGACCUUCAUAAACAUUGGUUCCAUAGGUGCUGCAGAGGUUGACGAGCAAGAUGACAUGUAUAUCUUGGUGGCUCCUCAAAAUGCUGUGGGGAAUUGUAUUAUUGAGGAUCUAAGAGCGAUGACCAAUGCUGCUAAACACAGGCCAGUUAUCCUAAUCAAUGCUAGGCUUAAGGAUUUGCCGGGUUCCAGUGGCAUUAUGCAAACAAUGGGACGGGAGCAGAGACUUGAGUAUGCAGCAUCAUUUGAAAGUUGCUACUUUUUCCGGCUUCUCUAUUAUGCAGGAACUCAGUAUCCCAUAAUGGGAGCUAUCAGGAUGUCUUAUCCAUUCCCUUACGAGCUUUACAAGAGGGUGGAUGAAUCAUUUGGAAAAGAGAAAUAUGUUCUCUUGUCAACAUUUCCAAAAAGGCCUACUAUUGAUGAAAUUAAUGACGCUUUCCAAGGAAAACCAAGGAGUGAAACUAGGAAAGCCUCAGGGAUCUGGGGCUUCUUGAGUGGCAUUCUUUGAGCGGACUGAAAUCAUAUGGACAAUUUGGAUAAGUAGAAGACAAGACAUCAUAGCUCCUACCUUUCCAUUUAAUUCCACCAGAUUUGUCAGGACAAAUGAUGAUAUUUUGCUGAUUAGUUUUAGGGAAGAGUCUUAUCAGAGCUUGCAGUAAACCUUGCCGGUGAUGCCAUCUGCAGAUUAUAACUGAGUGCAAGAAGACAGAAAGAGAACGCAAUGAUUAAAAAAGAGGGAAGAACAAGUUUCCCUUUUCAAAUUAUAAAUGCUCACAUUAGCAGGGUGGGAAAAAUUUGUACCAACUUGUAUAGAGGUCACUGUAUUUAAUCAUAUUCUAAGCUUGUAACUGUCAUGUUGCAUCCUCCUAAGGAUUCUUUGUAUUUAGAGUUGGGCUUACGUAAGAGGUGAGGUAUAUUUGUUAUGGUCUUUGUAUUGUCAUUUGGAAUGUAAACAUCAUGUGUUGCUCACAGUUAAUGCAACUUUCUUGGGAUUUUAUUCA